GCUCCAUGACCCUCAAGGGGGGAGAGAGAGAGAGAGAGAGAGAUGAAAAUGGUGCUCCAACUUUUUGAGGUGGUUUUGUUAUUGUGGAAAAUAAGUACUGCAUUAGCUCAAUCACCAGCUCUAGCUAAGUCUGGUUGCCAGUCACAAUGUGGAGAUGUUACCAUUCCAUACCCUUUUGGAAUUGGAGCCAACUGCUAUGUUGAUGAAUGGUUUUCCAUUUCCUGCAAUGAAACUUUUAACCCUCCCAAGCCCUUCUUAAAUAGCACUAAACUUGAAGUUCUGGAAGUUUCGACAGAAUUAGGAACUGUUCGUGUCAACUUUCCAGUAAAUUCAACUUGUGGUGAUAGAAGCAGUGCAAAUGUGAUGAGCAUGGAAGGAAGCCCUUUUUUUUUCUCCCAAGCUGAUAAUAGAUUCACUGGUGUGGGAUGCAACAACUUAGCUCUAAUGACAUUGCUGAAUGGUUCAACCAUUGGUGGGUGCUUAUCAUUCUGCUUCAGUGGCUCAACAGGAGGAAGUAGUACUACUUGCAAUGGCAUUGACUGUUGCCAGACAACAAUCCCUUCCGAUCUUCAGGCAUUCAAUACAACGAUAGAGAACAUAGAAGCCAGGGAAAACUCAGAGGGAUGCAAGUAUGCAUUCUUAGUAGACCAACAGUGGUUUGAGUCCAAUGUAAGAGUAGCAAAAGCCUCAGCCAUACAAAACAGGGAUAACUUUCCUGUGGUGCUGGAGUGGAGGAUAGACAGAUGGAAAUAUGACUCGCUUGUAACGAAUAAAUCAAUUUCCUUUAACAAUUCAACUCUGUGUGAAAGUGGAGAUUUUAUCAACAGCACCUCCUUUAGUAACCAGACCUCAGUGGUUCGGUGUUCUUGCAAAAGGGGAUACGAAGGAAAUCCGUAUCUUCCUGAAGGAUGUCUAGAUAUUGAUGAAUGCGCGGACCCAAAGAAUAGCCCUUGUUUACAAGAAAACCUUGGACCUACUUUUACCUGUAAAAAUACUGAGGGGAGUUAUGAAUGCCACUUUCACAGUCCUCCAGAGAAGAAGAAAUCUGCAGUUAAACCGGUGCUUAUAGGUAUUGGAGCAAGCUUGGGGCUAUUACUUCUACUUGCUGGUGCAUGGUGGUUAUACAAGGUCGUGAAGAAAAGAAACAAUGUUAAACGGCGACAGAAGUUCUUCAAACAAAACGGUGGCUUGUUGCUUCAUGAACAAUUAAGUUCGGGUGAAGUCAAUGUUGAGAAAAUAAAAUUAUUUGAUCCAAAGGAGCUAGAAAAGGCCACAGACCAUUUCAAUGUGAAUAGAAUACUUGGCCAAGGAGGCCAAGGUACUGUUUACAAAGGCAUGUUGACGGAUGGAAGAAUUGUUGCAGUAAAAAAGUCCAAGGUAGUUGAUGAAGGGAAACUUAGGCAUUUCAUUAAUGAGAUUGUCAUUCUUUCACAACUCAACCACAGGAAUGUGGUGAAGCUCUUGGGGUGUUGUUUGGAGACAGAGGUGCCUCUACUGGUUUAUGAAUUUGUUCCCAAUGGAACCCUAUUUGAGUAUAUCCACGAAGACAAUGAAGAGUUUCCACUUACAUGGGAUAUGCGUGUAAGGAUCGCCAUAGAGGUAGCUGGAGCUCUUUUCUAUCUGCACUCUGCAGCUUCCAUACCAAUUUAUCAUCGAGACAUUAAGUCCACAAACAUACUUUUAGAUGAUAAGUAUAGAGCAAAAGUAGCUGACUUUGGAACUUCAAGAUCAAUUUCCAUUGAUCAAACUCAUGUAACCACAAUAGUACAAGGUACUUUUGGGUACUUGGAUCCAGAGUACUUCCAGUCAAGCCAAUUCACAGAAAAGAGUGACGUCUAUAGCUUCGGAGUAGUCCUCGUUGAGCUCUUAACAAGUCAAAAGCCAAUUUCUUUUACAAGGUCGGAACAGGGCAGAAGUCUAGCUACAUAUUUCAUUCUGUCAAUGGAAGAGAAUCGUCUGUUUGAUAUCGUUGAUGUUCGAUUCAUGAAGGAGGGAAGUAAAGACCAAAUUGUGGCAGUUGCUAACCUUGCAAAAAGAUGCUUGGACUUAAAUGGAAAGAGACGGCCUACGAUGAAAGAAGUUGCAAUGGAGUUGGAGGGGACUCAAAAAGCAGUGAAAGCUUCACAUGUGGAACAAAAUCAUGAAGAGAUUGAAUAUGUUGGAAAUCAAGUGACUGGUCCUUGGGAUGUUGCUUCUACAUCUACAUCAACAGAUGUUCUACCUCUUUUAUCAUCCGAAUCACAAUGAACAGAUCCUCAAUGCAAUUGGAGACUUCCCUCAUGAAACAAUUCUGUAGUUGUUGCUGUGUUUGAUAGUCUUAAGGCUUGUUAAACUCUAACUAUUGUUCUGUAGCCCACUUUCUCUGUG